CUUGCUACCCUGUUCUUGGAGCCGGGUUUCACGGCACCCGGAGCGUCGGAAUGCUGGCAUCUCAUCCAAAACGCCAGUGUUCCCCUCGUCUUCGAGGACGACUUGGUCGCCCCCAGUUCAGUGGAUGGAAUCGUGGAGUUUGGCUUGUGGACGGAUCCUGCUCACCCCUUCCAAGUGUUGCGCCAGCUUUUCCCAGACGAGCCUUGUUUGAUCGAUACGACGGGUUUUCGAUUCUCGGUGGCUAUAUCCCGUCGUGCAACUGGUCGGGCUCUUCUCGUUCGCCUAUGGCGGCAGUUCCAGGGGUACUCCUACCACUCCACCGAGAGGGGCGACCUUGGUUUCGCCUUGUGGGAGCGUCGCCACUGGAUUAGGGGUAAAGCUGUCAAGGUGUAUAUCGACAACCUCGCCAGCACCCUCGGUCAGCGCAACGUGCAAGUCCUAGCGCUUCGACAAGCGUGGUCCAAGUACCACCGAGAGCGCAGUUAUCGUGCAGAUCGCUUGCGACGUCUUGUGCACGGGAGCCCGUGGUGGCGAUUCACCAUGUCGACGAAGAUGGCGGCAGUCUGUUUCGCCGUGAUGUUAGCGGAGACAGGAGCAAGAUGGAGCAUUUUGCUGAAACGGUCGACGAAGGCAAGCACAUCAGCCGUAUCCGGUCGAUUGAGGACUCUCGACGCCCAUGAACCUUGGCGCAACUGUUGGAUCGACGUUCCCUCUCUGCAUCCGUACAACACUCUGUUCGCACCCUGCAAC